CCGCAACGUCAUACUAACUUGUCAGACGUGUGGAUAAAAUCAAAACAGACUGUCAACAAUUCAAGUUCAUCGCAAACUUUCUGUAUUUUUCUUGAUUAUAUGUUUAUGUACCAACAAAAAAGUGUAUGAUCAAGAAGUUUAAGUACUGAUUAAAACCCUCUGAGGGUUAGAAGACAAAUAAGUUUUCUGAAUAAAGGAUGAAUUUUUCGUUCGCUGGAUGUGGAUUUCUUGGAAUUUAUCACGUUGGAGUUGCUAGCUGUUUAAGACAACAUGCACCUCAUCUUAUAGACAACUGCAAGUUUGCUGGAGCAUCAGCAGGUGCCAUUGUUGCUUGUUGUCUCAUUUCUGACUGUUGCCUUGGUGACUGUACAACAUUCACAUUACGACUAGCAACAAAAGCCAGGUCUUUCUCUCUUGGACCAUUACAUCCAAGCUUUAAGAUUGUAAAGAUUCUUAGAGAUGCCUUGCGAGAAGUUCUGCCAGACAAUGCUCAUGAGAUUGCCACGGGAAAGCUGUUUAUUUCACUAACAAGAGUUAGUGACAGGAAAAAUGUUGUUGUGUCCGAUUACAAAUCUAAAGAGGAACUUAUACAGGCAUUGAUGUGUAGUGCUCAUGUUCCUCUGUACUCAGGGCUGGUUCCCCCAACAUUCCGUGGUGUUAGAUAUGUUGAUGGAGGUUUGAGUGAUAACAUACCAGCAAUGAAUGAUGAGACAGUCUCUAUAUCUCCAUUUGCUGGAGAGAGUGACAUAUGUCCGACUGACAGCACAGCAAAUCCUCUACAUGUUUACCUUGCUAACACGAGUAUGCAAUGUUCGAUGGAGAACGUGUACAGAAUGUCCCGUGCAUUGUUCCCGCCACACCCUGAGAUACUCAGUGAUAUGUGCCAACAGGGGUUUGAUGAUACCUUAAAAUACUUACAAAAUAACAAAUUAUUGUCUUGUGUUCGGCACCUUAGUAUUCGUAGUGUGAUCACUCCGGUUGCUAUCACCAUGGAAACAGAGGCACCAGUCAUUAAGGAGGAGCACAAGGAGGAGAAGUUGGAGGGGGUAUGUGAGGAACAUGACUGUUAUGACUGCAAGAAAAAGCGCCAAAUUGCACUCCUUGAUAAACUACCUCAGAAAGUAGGUUCAGCAUUGCAAGACGCUAUAGAUGAUAUGAACAAAGGGUUUAAAGGUUACAUCUACCGUCACAGGUCACUGCGACUACUGUCCUUCUUGGCAACACCCUGGUUUUUACCUGUAGAUAUCAGCUAUACCUAUGCAAUGAGGUUUCUUGAAUAUUUACCUCACCUGCCAUCAGAUGUCCAGGUCAUGUACCGAGAGACUGCUGAUCUUCUACGAUAUCUGCUCACCAAUAUACGUCACCAACGACGUAGAUACACUGCUCGGUUUACGUGUCAGUUAGCCAUUACAGAGGUAAAUUACAGUCAGAUUGACACUGAUAUUUACCCUCAAGUGGAGCAGAAUACAAAUGUUAUACACAAUCCAGUACCUCCAAACUUCAGAAAUCUCAAUUUUGAAUUUGCUAUGGAUUUGGACAGUGACCUCAGAAAUCAACGGCAGUCACAUGACCUUAGAAAUCAACGGCAGGCAUUAAACGGAGCCCUCAGUGCUAGUCAUCAGCAUCUAGAUGCUGUAAGGCUGCUAUGUGAACAAAGACCUCGCAGUGAUAGUGCUAGUGGGAGGCUUAAUUCACACACUUUACACAAACCAAAAAAGCGUACUGAACCAGGCAUUGGCCCUGAAGUUUAUGACACGUUUGAACAGUGUUUACACGUUACAAAUCACAUGGAGUCCAUAAUGGCAUAUCACUACCAGGAUGAAAACAACAAGGACUGUUACAGGUUUGAGGAAAUUUUUGCAUUUAGAGAAGGGGAUAUUGAUAUUUCAGGUCUUCUCAGUAACAUUGAUGAAAGUGCAGCAGGUGCUUCAGGAAGUCUGAGUCAAGCUAGAAGCUUGUCCCUACAGAAUUGUCAUUUGAAAGAAGAUCUUGAAGAGUUUGUAGGUCAAAGAUCAGAUGUGUUGGUAAAUGAGAAUGUCCAUAUGGAAGAUUCAUAGCACAGUGAAAGUUUCUGUUUUGUUUAUUUAUGUAUUUCAACUUGAUUCAUUGAAAUUUCUAAAAUGUUACUAAGAAGUUAAUCUUGAAGAAGCUUAUCCUUUUGCAAAUCUGGAGAAAAAAUUAAUUCUUAAGGAUACAAUUUAAGGAAUGUUAUGUAAAUAAACCAUGUUUUGUAAAUGAACCAUGAAAAGAAAAAAAUAGUUACAUAAGAUUAGAAAAUUAUUUUGUAAACUCCAGAUCAAUUUAUUUAUUCAUCAUAUUACCUAAUUGCUGAUUUAGAAUUUUUGUAAAGUUUUGCUAGAAAUGUGUUAUAAAAAGAAGAAGCCAAAACAUUUUCAGCAAAUUGUCACUUAUAUUUUGUUGCAAGUUUUGAGCUUUACAUUUUAUUUGUUAUUGUCUUUGGUUAAUGUUUUUUAGUGCAAAAAAAGGGCAAAUUGUAUACGAUCUUGUUCUGUUUUAUUAAUGAUCAGUUAUUAUUAUAUCAAGUGCUUUCUUUUGGAUUUUGAUGUAUGAAUUAAGUUGUUAAUGUCCUAUUUCUAAUGUUUGGAAAAGUACACAUUUCAUGAUUGUAUAAAUCACUUAUUUAUUCUUCCAUUAUUCAUUGUUUAUAAUCAUUAUAUAUAUUAUGUAUUAUUGAAUUUAUGUAACAUGCAAUGCAAGUGCCUUUAUGUGCUAUCUUUAAACAUACACAGUUUUGUUUAUAUGAAAAUACUUUGAUUUUAAUGAUUAUAGAUUUAUCAACAGAGGUUAUUUGUUGUUAGUUUUUGAUCUUUAACCUUUGAACUGCUAGAUUUAGGACAUUUAACUCUUUAAAGACAUUUUACCCUAGACAAGCUUGAACCAAAAGUGGUGAUCUUUUGCCACCAGUUUAGUCAGACAAGGCUCUCUCUUCAUUUUUUGUAAUUUUAUAUUGAAAUACUCUAAACUUCAAAUUAUCAGUUCCAUAUUAAAACAGCCUUAAUCUUUUUCACAAAUCAGCAGUUUAGAGGUUAAGUGCAGGUGGCAUUAAGGUAGACUCUAUGCUGAUUGGUAGCUCAAUUUUUAUAUAGAAUUCAUUAUGUAAUAUAUAGCAAUGAACAGGGGAGUGAAGUAAACAGAAGUUAUUAAUAGUUUUACUUUUAUAAAGUAAACGUAUUUUGAUUUUAAGCACAUUUCAACAUACACUGAGAAAUUCAAGUGAUCAUAAUUUAUAUAUAUAUAUGAGCCGCGUCACGACAAAACCAACAUAAUUGGUUUGAGACCAGCAUGGAUCCAGACCAGCCUGUGCAUUCGCGCAGUCUAAUCAGGAUCCAUCCUGUUCGCUAUCAGUUUCUCCACUUGUAAUAGAGUUGAUAAGCGAACAACAUGGAUCAUGAUCAGACAGCGCGGAUGCCAGGCUGGUCUGGAUCCACGCUGGUCGCAAACCCACUAUGUUGGUUUUGUCGUGACGCGGCUCAUAUUUGUUUCAAUAAAGCCUAUAUUUAACAUUUUUAAGUGAUUCUCUUAUGGCAUUUCUUUUAACAAUAGAAGAUACAUAUAUAUUUUUAUGAAAGAUACUUAGUAAUGAUUUGUUAUUUUGUAAUACCUGAAUCACUAGUGAUGUAUAUAGUUAGCCAGCCACUUGCAAUUCCAUUUAGCAGUUACCUAGAUAUUGUUUUUACACUCAGAUUUUUUUUUACUUUGUACAGAUUUUAAUUAUUUUAAUAAUUAUAUGCAGUGUAAUUUUAUAAUUUAUAACUGACAACAUAAUUAUAUUAAAGUGUUUUCAAAAACCUUUAAAGAAAUCUGGAAAAUAAUGUCGUUAUGCCAAUUCUUAUGGUUAAAUCUUCAUUGAGUUUUAGCAAAAUUUGGUAAAAAAAUGGUAACAUUAUUAAACAUAAUUAUAUUUAAUUGAAUACUUUCAGUGUAUCAAUAUAGUUAUCUUUUUGUCACACUGAAGAGACAUAACCUUUUUUUUCAAGAUAAACGAGAUUUAUGCACACUUGAAAUAAGUAAGAUAACCGACUUUAAACAACCUUGGCAUUCAGAUAUAGGUUUGUCAUUUAGUACAACAAGUUUAAAUGAUAGUAUCACAAAUUAGUAUUGCCACUGCUCUGAAUAUUUGACAUUUACUUGACAUUUAUCCACGUUCUGUUUAUUAUGAACUCACAUAGUUUUAUUUUUAGAUUGAAGAAAGUUUACUAGUAUCGUGUCAGAAAUAGUUUACAAUGUCAGUAAGUUUGCUAUUUUAAGAUGAAAAUGAGACCGUCCUAGAUUUUCGACAUUUUAACUGUUAUAUAAUGAAUUUGUUUUUACAGUAGUUCAUUAACCUGUUGUAACAGAAUUUAAUUUACCAUGGCCACCAGUAUAGAGUCAGGCCAGAGACUGUUUUCUGUUUAUCUGAGCAGCUUGCCUGGUUAUGUCCUAUUGGUAGCUCAAUGUAUCGUUUUUUGUUAUUUAAAUCAAUUCAGAUUAGAUUAAGAGUGUUUUUUGUUAGUUUACUGCUUGUGGCAAUAAAUACUUGGCUUGGCUGCUAGUAUAGUGUAAUGCCUAGGCAUUCACAUCAUACUGUUUACAAUUUGAUACUUAAUUUUGAGUAUUUUAUUGAAAUUUCUUGUUUUAAAGAUGUUGUUUUCCAUCAAAAUAUACAUAACAAAUAUUUAAAAACUCAGUUUGAUAAACAAAAAGCUAUAUUAAUACAUAGUCUUGUCUAAUAAUUUCCCUCGUCAAAUGUUAAUUUUAAUUCCUUUGUUGUUUUCAGCUAUUUUAUAUGAAAACUCUAUGCAUAUUUUUGUAUUGUUAUUUUAUUUUUAAUGAAUAAAAAUGAAAAGGUAAUGUUUAUGUAUAAAAUAUAUUUAAGUUCUGCUCAUUGUUAUUGUAACCAUUGUGUUUUGAGAUAUGAAAAAUGUAAAUGAUAUGAAUAAAAAAUAAAAAUUACCUUAUAA